AUGGUGGUGCAACUGUCGCUGCUAGGUUACGUGCUCGUACCCAUCUUCACGUACGACAAAUGGUGGCUGGUGCUGCUUUACGGCAUGUUCAUGCUCGUAAUCGCUUCGCUUGAGGCCGUACAGCGCCCGAGCUACUCUUUCCAGGGUAUGUUGCUCAACACGUUGCUGUCCAUGGCCUCCGCCACGGGGCUGCUGCUCAGCUACCUGGUGCUGGUGGUGCUGGGGUUGCGACCCGUGUGGGAGGCGCAGUACGUCAUUCCCCUGGCCGGCAUGUUGCUCGGGAACGCCACGUCAGCAGUCAGUGUGGGGCUCAGUGCGGUACUGGAGGACCUGGCGGCGAACCGGGCCGUGAUUGAACACCUUUUGGCGCUUGGAGCCAACCGCUUUGAAGCCACGGAUGAUGCCAUGUCCAUGACGCCGUUGCUAAACCAAAUGAGUGUUAUGGGUAUCGUGUCCAUUCCAGGGAUGAUGACCGGUCAAAUCCUGGCUGGCGGGAAUCCAACGCAGGCGGCUCGCUACCAAAUGGUCAUCAUUUUUAGCCGCCGGCAAGCCGCCUCCAGCGCCGCCGCCGCCGCAAACCCCGACCAGCUGUUCAGCGCCAACAGCAGUGCAUCGAGCAUAUUGGGGGAGAUGCUGGCGGCAACGCACGGCUUGCCGGGUGGCGGCGGCGGCACGUCGCCCUUAUCAACACGCUCCGCUGCUGCCGGGGCGUCGUCGACGGGGGCCCCCACCGUGACGCCGCCAAGGUUGUCCUGGGAGGAGCGCCACUGGGACCAAGAAGCAGCCGAAGUUAUUGGUCGCGGCGGCGGCGGCGGCGGCAGCAGUAGCGCCGUCGCUCCCGUGUACCGUGAAGGAGGUGGCGGUGGCGAUGCAGCGUCGGAUCUGGCGGCGGCGGCGCAGGAGCAGCAGCAACAGCAGCAGCAGCCGCUGCUAGGGCUGGAACCGCUUUCGCCGCCGCCGUCGGCGGCGGCGGCCGGCGGCGGCCGGACAGGGGCAUCUUCAGUACUUAGCAGUAGCGUGUCGGCGGUGGUGGCGGUGGGCGGGUGGCUGGGCUCUCAGGCGUCAGCGGGCUGGGGAUCUGCCUGGGGGGUGUUGGGGUGGUGGCGGUCGCCUGGAGCGGUGGCAGCACCGCCGCCGCCCCCGCCGCCGCCGGCAACGGCGCCGGCAGCAACGCCGGUAACGGGUGGACCUGGCCCGUAG